AUGUGUGGUGUAUUGGGUAUAGCUUUGGCAGACCAAAACAGCGCCGUUGCGUCGGAACUGUUAGAUGGCUGCUUGUUUUUGCAGCACAGAGGUCAGGACGCAGCAGGAAUUGCUACGUGUGGCCACAGAGGUCGUUUGUACCAGUGCAAAGGUAACGGUAUGGCCAGAGACGUCUUCACGCAACAGAGAAUGGCAGGCCUUGUAGGGUCGAUGGGAAUUGCCCACUUGAGAUAUCCUACAGCUGGUUCCAGUGCCAACUCCGAGGCUCAACCGUUUUACGUCAACAGUCCUUACGGUGUGUUGCUUGGCCACAACGGUAAUCUCGUCAACACAAUCUCGCUCAGACGUUACAUGGACGAGGAUGUUCACAGGCACAUUAACACCGAUAGCGACUCAGAACUGCUAUUGAAUCUGUUCGCUGCAGAGCUUGAAAAGCACAACAAGUAUCGUGUUAACAACGAUGACAUUUUCCACGCGCUGGAAGGUGUUUACAGACAGUGUCGCGGUGGUUACGCAUGCGUGGGUAUGCUCGCCGGUUACGGGAUGAUCGGUUUCAGAGAUCCCAACGGUAUCAGACCACUGUUGUUCGGUGAAAGAACCAGAUCAGACGGCACCAAGGAUUACAUGCUUGCUUCCGAAAGUGUGGUUUUGAAGGCCCACCACUUUACAAACUUCCGCGACAUACAACCCGGUGAAGCGGUCAUUGUGCCAAAAGACUGCGGAAGCACACCUCCUGAGUUCAAGCAGGUUGUUCCUGUGAACUCUAUCAGACCUGAUUUGUUCGAAUACGUCUACUUUGCCAGACCUGAUAGCGUCCUGGACGGUAUUUCCGUGUACCAUACCAGACUUCAAAUGGGUAUCAAGUUGGCUGACAGUAUCAUGAGGGAGAUAAAUCCCAAGGAUAUCGACGUGGUUGUGUCUGUUCCUGAUACGGCACGCACCUGCGCUCUAGAGUGUGCCAAACGUCUCCAGGUGCCCUACCGUGAGGGAUUUGUUAAAAACAGAUAUGUGGGCAGGACCUUCAUCAUGCCCAACCAGCAAGAACGUGUUUCAUCUGUUAGGCGCAAAUUGAACGCCAUGGACUCUGAGUUCAAGGGUAAACGUGUUUUGGUUGUUGACGACUCUAUUGUUAGAGGUACAACGUCAAAGGAAAUUAUCAACAUGGCCAAGGAAGCUGGCGCCACGAAAGUGUAUUUUGCCUCAGCCGCCCCAGCAAUUCGUUAUAACCACAUUUACGGUAUCGAUUUAGCUGACACCAAGCAAUUGGUCGCCUACAACAAGACCACUGAGGAAGUCAGCGAAGAACUGGGCUGCGACAGGGUAUUCUAUCAAUCGCUAGAAGAUCUCAUCGAGUGCUGCAAGACCGACACCAUUUCGAAGUUUGAAGUUGGUGUCUUCACUGGAAGUUACGUUACUGGUGUCGAAGAUGGCUAUCUUCAGGAACUGGAAAGAGUGCGCGCGUUGAACGCGGCUCAGAAGAGCGACGCCAAGUCUGAGUUUGACAUUGGGCUCUACAACUCCGCUGAUUUUUAG